AUGGACCAUGUUUCUGGUCUUCCUGAGCCACCCCGAUCAGAACCCAUCCUUCAUUACUCGUCUCAGGAAAUACCUUCCUCCCCGCCCUCAGUCGCAUCUGAAGCUGGCGGUGGGCGACGACAGAGAAAACCACCAACAGUCACACCCCGGUCCUUUCGGCGCUUUUUUACCCCACGGUCUCUGCUGAACAGCGGAAACAAUGCUAGCAGCGUGAAAACAAAUCGCCAGGCCCUGCGCGCGCUGAACUCGCCAGCUGUGAACCGCCUCGGUCCCGCUUUUACCAGAUCCUCCAAGACCGGCAAUGCUAGGAGCCCUUACGAUGGCUUGCCGGAAGAUUUUAUGCGCACACCGAGCAGGAAAAGGAAACAUUCGUUUUCUUCGGCAGCAUCCCCGCUGCAAUCCUCGCCAUUGAAGAAGGUUCGUUUGCGUUCUCCGGUGGGCGACGAAGUGGAGCAGAGAGCCACCGUACGAGAUAUCGACGUGACCGCUGUGAUCGCGAGGGGGCGCCAUGCCCAAACAACACCUACUAGCCCUCCUAAACGCCGACCAGUCUCGCCAGUCAGCCGAUCUCGAGCAUUGCAGACUUCCGGUUCAUUUUUUAUGCGAACGCUACAGGGCUCGCGUGCGAACCGGCUGACUAUUCGAUCGACUGCUGGAGCUGGCUGGCAGGAUGUAACAAAUGACUUCCAUUCGCGACCAGAGGACCGUCACUCAUGUGCCAGCUAUGCUAAUGAGGGGCAAUUGGCACUUCCCUUCUGCAAUGCUUCUUGCAACACCAACUCAUUGGUCGCGGUUGGCGAUGAAGAGGGCGGUAUUCGGUUGCUGGAUUCCUCCAAAGAGGACGAGCGAGGGUUUUCUGGCGCGUAUUUGGGUUUUCGUCCGCACAUGAACUCGAUCAUGGAUCUUGAGUUCUCGUCCGACGAUAUGCUCCUGGCUACCGCUUCUGGCGACCAAACGUCCUUCGUCAUCGACAUGACCACACAACGACCAAUCCAUUGUUUAUCGAACCAUGUGUCAUCCGUGAAGCGAGUCCAGUUCCAGCCUGCUUCCAAUAAUAAAGUUCUUGCAACAUGCAGCCGCGACGGUAAUGUGAACAUAUGGGACCUCCGAUGCAAGGGCUUCGAGCGUCCAUCCCUACAGGUUCGAUGCUCGCUGGAAUCGGAUGCCGAGCCCGCCAACACUUCGGCGCCCCCAAAGAUGACGUACCCUCACGUUCUCAAUACCAUCCAGGGUGCUCAUGCAUACAUUACCCCUCAAAAGCCUGCCCUGGACAAGUCAGACGCUCCUCCGUUUGGUCGUUCCGACAUUACUGUUACUUCACUCGCCUUCUUGCCCCCCGGUCAAGAGAAUCUCUUCGUCACGGCAUCCGAGGCCAGCGCUAGUGUUCGACUAUGGGACUUGCGGACAGCACAUAACAACCGCCGAGGUCGGCCUGUCCUUCCAUUGUCCACUACGCGGGAGCCUGACAGCCACAUCAAGUACCGGCGGUUUGGCCUGACAUCAAUGGCUUUCGGCGGCGAUGGUGCAAGGCUGUACACCCUCUGCCGCGAUGGUACUGUGUAUACAUACUCGACCUCCCACCUGGUGCUUGGGCAUGCACCUGAGCUUUCGCUCAACAACGUCCGCCCCCGACGAUCGGGUGGCUCAGACAAGGAGGGUCUAGGUCCCCUGUAUGGAUUCCGUCACCCACGUCUUCAAGUUUCCACUUUUUAUGUCAAACUCGCGGUGCGCAAAGCCUUCAAUGACCGCGCAGAGUUGUUGGCCGUUGGUAGUAGUGAUCAGUGCCCGAUUCUAUUCCCUACCGAUGAACGGUUCUUGCAAUCUCCUGUGAAGACUUUGUCUGAUGAUCUUCCCGCAACACGAACCUCACUUUUCACAACUCGAUCUGGACUCCGCCGCACCAAUUCUGGUUUUGGUUUGUCUAGCCGACUCGAAGACACCAUCCCUAUCUAUCAAUCUGGCACACCUCUGGUCGAAGGUCACCAGAAGGAAGUCACUGGCCUUUCAUGGACGGUCAAUGGUGAGCUCAUUACCGUCAGUGAUGACUACAGCGCCCGAUGCUGGCGCGAAGGGCCCGAGGCUCGUGAGCUUCGGACCGAUGGCCAAAAGGAGGGUCGAGACUGGCAGUGCGGUUGGGCUGCCACAACAGACUCUCAUGACGAUGAAGACGAAUGA